AUGGAAAUAAACAAUGCGCGCGCUGGGUCGGGCCCAAAGAAGGCGCCGGGAGAGCCUGCCGGGGGCUCCGCCCCGUGUCCCCUCCUCUCCUCCGCCCCUUCUCCCCGCGGGGUCUGCCCCUCGGUGCCAUCCCGAAUGAAGCGGGCCGCGGGCGAAUGGCGAUACCGCACCUCGCCGCUCGCUGAGCAAUCACCGAUCGCACACUGGCCCGUAACGAGGCAACUUGAGAGCGCACUGAGUGACCGCCGUUUGGCGAUGAAUGGAGAGGCGCGCCUGAGAGAGCGCGGCGCGCCGAGGCCCCGCUGCGAUUUG